AGCUUUGACGUUACCCUGACCUGGCAACAUUCCGGUGCUCCUUAGCGUGAAAAAAGGACAAGAGCAAGCCGACAGAACCCGUAUUUCACUAAAGGACAUGUGCGAGAAAUUCCAUCAGUUCUGAUGUAAAUACAGUUGCAAGCACAAUAAAUACAUAACCAUGGAACACGCAGACCUAGUUGCAGAGAUGGUGCACGUGGAGAGGCUGACGACGCAGGAGAGGUUACAUCUCGCUCGUCAUCGGCGUCUUCAACAGCUCAAAGUUUGGCGGCAGCGUGAAAAAGAAUGGCUUCGCCACCAGACUCGACACACGAGUAACAAACGGCACAUCUUUUUCAAUGAUAGUGUCAUGCUACUAGAAGCUGCAGCCAGAAAUGAUAUAGACGAGGUUCGGAGGCUCUUAAAAAAAGGCGUAAAUCCAGACUCAACGAACGAAGAUGGUUUGACAGCACUUCAUCAAUGCUGCAUAGAUGAUAACGAGGAAAUGAUGAAACUUCUGGUAGAGUUUGGUGCUAACGUAAAUGCAGAAGAUAGCGAAAAAUGGACACCUUUGCAUGCGGCUGCAACUUGUGGUCACCUUCAUCUCGUUAGAUACCUGAUCGCUAAAGGUGCGAAUCUUCUCGCUGUCAAUGCUGAUGGCAAUAUGCCUUACGACAUCUGCGAAGAUGAGAAGACCUUGGACUGUAUAGAAGGAGAAAUGGCGAGAAGAGGAGUCACCCAGGAACUCAUAGAUGAUACAAGGGCAUCGACAGAAGUACAGAUGCUGCGGGAUUUACAAAAAAUUGGAACUGUUGGAGGUGACUUGGAAUUUAAAGACCACCAGGGUGCCACACCUCUUCACAUAGCAGCAGCCAACGGUUACUUGAGAGUAGUCGAAUUUCUCCUUGACCAGCACGUAUCAACAGACAUAGAGGAUAACGAUAAAUGGCAACCUGUUCACGCAGCUGCUUGUUGGGGUCAUUUAGAAGUUCUAGAAUUGUUGGUGCAGAAUGGAGCCGACCUAAACGCGAAGAAUAAACACGAAGAAACGCCUGCUGAUAUUUGCGAAGAUCCUGAAAUUAGGGAACGAAUCGUGGAAUUGAAAACGGAGCAGGAAAGCAAACGACUUCGCGAGGCACAAGGCCGGCGAAUACGAAGAUCGCAAAGUAUAAAUACUCGCACGCAAAGCGUUCGGCGGACAUCCAUCAGGGAUAAAGUUUUAACGACGAAGAAAGAUGCUCAAGAGGAAGCUCGACUAAGAAUACAAGCUCAGCAGACAUACGUGUCAAUAUCCGCGCCUAAAACGAAUACGCCAGCUACAGAAACUAACGGUGGGACGACAGAAGGUGCAGGUGACGAUACCGAUUCGACAGCCCUCGCACCAGCUGUUCGCAAAGGCCCCGAAGGAAAGGAUAAUGACUCCUUUCUACACGAGGAUGUCGAUAAAGACUCAGGCAUCGAAAUGAGUGCACCCUCAAUUCUGAGAAAUGUGCGGUCCACUUUGUACAAAGGAGGAUGCCGAAUUUUUAAAAGACCUUAUUCUUCUCCAACUCUGAAAAUGCCAGGACAAUUGGAACAAGUCAAAGGGAAGCGGGCCACUUUUGGUAUGGGCUGCUUCUGGGCAGGAGACUCAUUAUUUGGCGCGACACCUGGAGUAAUUCGCACAUGCGUCGGUUAUGCUGGUGGUAGCAAAGAAACACCUACGUACAGAAAUAUAGGAGAUCACACAGAGGUCAUCGACAUAGAGUACGACCCUGAAGUGAUUUCAUUCUCACAACUACUUAGUCUAUUUUGGAAUAAUCACGAAUAUGGCCUCACCAGGAAGAUCAAACGUCAGUACAUGUCGUUGAUUUUGUACCAUGACGAGGAGCAAAGGACAUCGGCUGAGAAGUCAGCAGACCACGAGCAACGAGAGCGCGGUGAACAAUUGAUAACUGAAAUCAAGCCGUUUAAGAAGUUUUAUCCAGCAGAAGAUUAUCACCAAAAAUAUCGAUUGCAAGAUCAUCCAUGGCUACUUGAAACACUCGGACUGUCAUCUUCAGAACAACUAAAAACUUCACCUCUAGCAGCAAAACUUAAUGGAUACUUGGCUGGUGCAGUGACUUUCGAGCAAUUCGAAAGAGAUCUACCUAGUCUCGGUCUUAGUGAGAAAGUAGUACAAUAUGUCACUAAAUUUGUAAUCGAGAAACAAAACACUGGUUUGUAUUGCUAGCACUCAUAAAAAUUCAAAUCGAAAUUUAUACGACGUAGGCAAAUCUCGGAUUCUUAUUGAUACCGAAGUUGUAGCCUGAUUUUACUCAAUCGUAAUUCUAAAUAAAUUGCAAUUUGCGCAGGUGAAGCUCUUCAUUGAAUUAUUUUAAAAAUAUCUAGAGCAAUGAAUUUUACAAUCUAUCAGUUAAUUUGAGAGUAAACAGAAAGGAUAAUUUUUUAUGUUGACUUGAAUCUCUGUUAAUUUAUACUUGCGCAAUUGUUUAUGUCUCAAGAAAUUUUGUACGUGUACAAAAACCCCCUGUGGGUUAGUUUAGUUUUUUAAUCUAAUUUCUUGUUGAAUUUAGAAUUUCAAUGCGCCUAGUUAAGAUGAGUUGUUGGAUUAUAAAGCAGGAUAUCUGUAUGCCUCUUGUUUUAAAUUAGUUGUUUAAUUUGCGAUUAGCCCUCGAACAGUGGGAUGUCUUUAUUUUAUUAUUAGUUACUAAUAGCUGUAUAUUUGCACAAAGUGCAAAGAAGAGUAUUUAAGAGAUAGAAGGGAUAUCUUCAUUUUGUGGAGCUCAAUUUCAGACUUCAAAGAAUGAAAGGAAAUGAAAUGAAGUAUUAGAAAAUAUAAUGUAAGGAUGCCCUAAGAAUGUUGUUUUCAAGGGUGCAUCGACAUAUCAAAUAGUAUUUUCAUGAUAUAAUCGAAAAACAUAGAUCAUAUGAUUUUGCGACUGUACCUUUUGUGUUGCUUACAUCUCAAUAAUUAUUUAAGGAUAAUUGUAAGAUUUAAUUAUUGUAGUCAGGUUUAUCGUAGGCUUACAGUCACACAUAUUAACACGAUUUUUGUAAACUGCAGGAACUUAAUUUUGCAUUUAAUGCGCAAAGAAUUAGUUUUUGUGUCUGAUCCAGCUUCAUUAAAAAAAUUGUUACUUUAAA